AUGACCGACCAGGAGCUCUUCUGGGGCGCUGACCAGUAUGAUUUCUCAGUGGUGCUUCCAGCAGCUGCCACAGAAUGCUUCUGGCACUUUGCUCACCACAAAGAAAGGUUUUACCUGAACUUCAUGGUCCAGUGGGUGACGGGAAUCGGUCUUGACAAGCAUUUAUCAGUCACUGUCAAUGCUCCCAGCAGUCUGUUGAUAUCUACUGUUGAUGAUGCAAAGGGUCAGAUCAACUUUGAGGUCGAAGAAACAGGUUUCUAUCAGAUGUGUUUGAGCAACUUCCACAACCGCUUCAGCUCGAUGCAGGUCUUCCUCAGCUUCGGUGUUUACUAUGACAACAACCAGGACCCUUCUAAAGGCAAGGCGGAGGAAACAAAGGAGGAGGAGGAGAAACUGAACAACACAUUCAGCAUUAUUCAGAGGGCAACCAACAAAGUGGAGCGUCACGUCUUCCACAUAUUUCGCUACUACAGCUUUGGCCGCAUGUCAAAGAGUGCAGACUACUUCCUGCUGCAGUCCAACUCCAGGUACAUCACAUGGUGGUCAAUGGCCCUCAGCUUGCUCAUCAUCACCUCUGGGUACCUGCAGCUCCUCUUCCUCAAAAGCCUCUUUGUAAGCAAAGCUGAGAACGAGAAGCCACGGUGCUGACAGAAGGUGUAAGAACAGAAAACAGGUUAUAGUCUAAACCAUGAACAAUCCUUG